AUAUACAGUAAAAGACCUUUUCAAAGCCAACAUACCCAUCUCUAUCUACCUCAUUCCUUCCUUCCACUUCUCUUCAAAAUACCAGCAAAGAAUCUGUUUAAAAUCAAAGACUUUAGCUUUUUGAGCUUAUUUAUAUCAAAAUGGCUGGUUUUUCAAGAAAUGUGAUUUCUUCUUCACUAGUAGCUGUUCUCUUCUUCCUCCUCUUGAGCUUCACAGAAGCCAGAGAUCAUUUGGUUGGUGGCAAAACUGAUUCUUGGAAAAUCCCAUCUUCUGAAUCAGAUUCCCUCAAUCGUUGGGCUGAAAAAUCUCGCUUCCUCAUUGGAGAUUCUCUUGUUUGGAAGUAUGAUGCAAAAAAAGACUCAGUUUUAGAAGUGAGCAAGAGGGAUUAUGUGACAUGCAACAGUUCAAGUCCAAUAGCAGUACACAAUGAUGGGAAUACAAAGAUAGAGCUAACACAUUCAGGAGCUUACUAUUUUAUUAGUGGAGCAAAAGGGCAUUGUGAGCAAGGCCAAAAAUUGAUAGUAGUGACUUUAUCUGAGAAGAAUAUGAGGAGAUUCAUGGGUGCACCUGCACCUUCUCCAACAGAGUUUGAUGGUCCAGCUAUGGCUCCUACUAGCAAUGCUAUUAGCUUGAAGACUAGUUCUGUUAUGGCUUUGGGGGUUUUAAUGGGGUUCUUGUUUUGAAGUGAGAGAGAGUUUUGUAGUGAUUUUCAUGUUAAUUUGAUAGAUAGAUAGAUAGUCAAAUGGUGAGAGGGAAAAGGAGGAAGAUGAGGUUCUUAGUCUUUUUCCUUGGUCGAUAUUCUUUGAUUCAAUUUGUUCUUUACUUUUCAUUAAGUUAAUUCAAGCUUUAUUAUAUUGUUCUGUAUGGUAAAUUGAACUUUCUUUCCCGUCCAUUCA